GCCAUCAGGAAUGUUCGACGAUCGUUCUCUCCAGCUGCUGCUUCUUCUCUCCCUGGCGGUGAUCACUUGCUGCUCCGCAUCACCAAACGCUACGAGAUGCAGCCAUCGUUGCGACAGCGGCGAGUGCAUCGAACUGGAUCAGCUUUGCGAUGGUAAGGCCAACUGUUUGGAUGCCUCUGACGAAACAAAGGCCUUGUGUGAGAAGGUCUGGUGUCCGGGCUACGGAUUCCGCUGCAGUUACGGAGCGUGUGUAGCCAGUACGGCGGUGUGUGACGGCACUCGAGACUGUGUGGACGGGUCAGACGAGGAGGGCUGGCUAUGUCGAGCGCAAAUGCAGCAGGCCAACUGCGACAAUUGGGAGUUAUACUGCUCCUCCGGCCAGUGCAUGCCCUACUUCAAGCUGUGCAACGGUAUCAAGGAUUGCGCGGGCGGAGACGACGAGCAGGAUUCGCUGUGCGAAGGUGUUGCUAUACCGAAUACAACUGCCAGAUCAACUACGGUGACCACUGAAUCGAAUGUCAUUAUCAUGACCUCCACGAUUGGUAUAAGACAGAUACCAAAUCAGACUAAGGAAGCUAAAGAAUGCGUGGUCCCUCAGCUGCCGAAUGUGAUAGUUAAGCAUUUAAGCAAUGCCGUCCUUUAUGCAGGCUCAAAGGUGCCGAACGGCACUCGUAUCUCGUACGAUUGUCCUGCCGAUCACUUUCUGAAAGGAGAGCAUGAGAACCUAUGCUUGGGAUCAAUAUGGACUGAACAGUUUCCGUACUGUGAAACACCCACAGCAUUCGUAUUUAGCCUUGUGAUAACGAUAUUCUCUUUCCUGCUUGUCGUUUUGCUUUUCCUGAUUUGGCGCGUUCGACGAGAUAACAAUGGAAGGCGACGGCGUGAGGAGCACAUUUGGUUGGUGGAGACCAAUACUGCUCAUCCACCAGCACAGCCUGGCAUACCAAAGGUCUAAGAAUAAUAGCUAUGUUUAAGAUAAAAUUAGUGAUAAUAUUGUUCAUUUUAUUUUAAUUUAUACAAUGAAUUACAAUUAAGACAAAUAAGCAUUAAAUUCGUAAUGUUUA